UUCUACAAGACAGUGCAAUAAUAUAUUACUGGACAUUACCAUAAAAUCUAGCCAUAUUACUUAAAAACCUACUAGACAACUGGCAAUUAAGUAUGAACUGCUAAAGUGUAUAAUAAUCAUACAUUAAAAUAUGCAGGCAACACCUUUGGAUCCCAAUAAAGAAUCGUUACCCAACACUCCCAAUUUAAAACAUUGGAACUAUGAUACGUCGACAAAUGUUAAUUAUACCUACAAAUCGGAUACCAUGGAUCCGAUUCAAAGACCUACGAGAGUAAAUUUCAACAAGCAAGAUUACAUGAUGCCUCAAUGGGAAAAGUUGUGGUCAGAGCCUUCCAAACCCAUAAACAUGCCGCCGACCGAAUACUGUGAUAAAUACAUUCGACCAGAAAUGAUGUCGCAUGUUAUAAAAACACCAAAACCAACGAGUUGUUUUAAGCUAAAGCCAGCUAUCCGGAAGGAGAUUGUUGCAAUGCAAACACCAAAAACUAGUGAACAUAGUUUGAUUCGAUUACUGGACCCGUACGUGAGCACUCAAAAAUUGUCAUUUGUCAAUUUGAAUCCAGUUAUAACACAACAGUUAAACUCAAAAAUGUCAAAACACAAACAAGUUUUACCUGAAUAUGAAUCAUUUUAUACCGAACCAAUAUUUAAUCGCCAAAAUACCAUUCGUUUACUACCAACUACAAAGAAGAAUGUACCUUACAAUGCCCAUAAAACAGAGACAUCAGCUUCGUACAAAAUACCAAUCAACACUUUAAUAAAUCUUGAAGAUACAGUCGGAAUGCCAAUAUCAGUUUCACCAAAUCCGACAUUGGCUCAAAUAUUUUCCAUACCCGGGAUGUAUACAACCGAGUACUCAAAAAUCAGUGGCUAAUAAUAGAAAUUGAUUAAUACAUAAUUAUAUAAAAACUAAAAGUUAAUACAGUUAAAAAAAACACUCGUUUGUGAUUACAACUGGUAACAUAUCUGCCUCAAUCUAGAUACUGUUUUAACACUUGAUUCAACAUCGGCAUAUCAUAGUAGUCUGCAAUUGCUUUAAAGGUCUUUAAAUAUGACAUAAUAUCUUUUCUUGGUAUUACUGUUGUAUAACUACCAGCACACG